AUGCCAUCAAAUUUUAUCAAUUUCUUAUUAUUCGCUUUGCUGAUAGUAUCACGGCGUGGUCUAUUAGUCUAUGCUCAAGACACUGAUAGUGGUAUCGUAAGUUUGAAUGAUACUAGUUAUGGUUGGUUUGUCUGUAGCAAGACAUCUACAAGCUAUAUGGAAUAUGCAAUAGCAGUAGUACCAAGCUCUGCAAUCCCAAAUGAUCAAGCCGGUACAACUUCACUGGCACAUAGGCCUGGUUCUUUCUCUCAAUUCGGCAUUUUGACUUUCGGCACAAACUAUACUGGAGCUCAUCAGUUCGCUGAUCCUAACAGUGCUUCUUUCAUUUAUAUUGCAAAUCUAUCGUGCGCUGAUCAACCAGUUCCUAGUUGCUCGCCUAACUCACAAACUUUUAAUACUUCUACUGUUUUAUGUUUGGCUGUGUCGAAUCCUAAUGGUUGUGAAACAAAGUUUUCAUAUAGCAUAUCGUUUACUUCUGGUGUAAAGUAUCCUGCUUUGGCCAUUUUUGAUUCUAACCCUUCUAGUUGCCCUACAACAACUACUCCUUCAAUGACUACUACUAUUAUUGAUGGUGCAUCUUACACUGGCACUGGAUUAUCUUUAUCAUCUAAUGCGGAUAUCGAUUUAAUUAAUGACAUUAGCGGAGGACAUCCAAUUUGA